AUGGAAGUCGAAGCCGCUGAAAUUGACACUUCAGUUUGUAACAAACAAGUGCACCAACAACCUCACAAGGUUCCUACUUCGGAAGAUGUGAAGGUUCCUAGUCUUGAAGAACCCCUCAUUCCUAGUCCGGAAGAUAGGGAAGGGUACAGAGUUAUUUGUAAAACAAUGUUAAAUUUGUUAGAGGAUUGGAAUAAGAAAGAAAUUAAGGGGGUGGGACGGAAGGCGAGGCCUCCCAUGGAAACUAGUAUAAAUCUGGUUGGUGAUGAAGUGGACAAGGAGGCUAAUGCCACGGUUCAAAAACCAGAUGCGGAAGGCAAAGGAUGCAGACUGAAGCGGCGCGAAAACAUUACACCUGAGGCCCGUUUUGAUCCAACACAACCCGUGGCCAUGGACGAUGUGAAGGCUAUGAUACAAGUUUGCAAGGCUUGGAAAAGUGACAUCAGUGCGGAGCUGGAGCUCGAACCAUUUGUAGUUGGGGCGGAUUUUUUUUACAAACUUGUAGAUGAAACUGCAUGGAUGAGCUCGAGGCACCUUGACAUGGCCAUGUUUCUAAUACGCAAAAGACAACUCUCUCAUCCCCAAGUAUUUGGAACGGAGUGGACAACUGCCGAGUUUUGUCUGCAGCAAUUUUUACAGCCAAUUACACCGCCAAGUGCGAAACGAGUUACGAGGAAACAAAUUGCUUCAAUGACUGUUGACCCUCCCCCUAACUACCUCAGAAAUAUACACCACUUUGUCUGGGGUUCAUGGCAACAUGGUUAUGCACAAGCAUGGACGAAAGUCCGCAAGGUCUAUCUCCCGUAUAAUGUUCGACAGUCCCAUUGGGUGGCUGUAGAAAUUGACUUUGUCAGACAUACUGCCACUGUGUACGACUCGUAUACUGUUUUUACCUCCAACACAAUGCUUGUCCGACAGAUGGAGCCUAUUACCCAGACGCUUGCAAAGGUGUUGUAUGACAUGAGGUUUUAUGAGAAAUCGGAGGUUGAAGCGGUGAAGAAAAAGGGGAUUGACAUGCCAACGUUUAACCCAUUCACAAUUUGCAGAAUUUCCGAUGUUCCUCAGCAAAGUGAUGGUACCUCAUGUGGCAUUAUGACCGUCAAAUUUAUUGAGUAUCUCAGUGCUGGCAUUCCUUUUAAUACCAUUGACCCAGCCAAGUUUGGCUACUACCGAUUGAGCUUGCAAUCGAGGCUCUCAGGGGAGAGGCCUAUGUAUGAGGGUGUUAAUUUGUGA